GGUCGCCGUGGCCAGCAGCGGCUGCGAUGCGAUGCGAGCCUGUGUUGACAGCGGAGAAAGCAGUGUAAUCCGGUCCCGCCACCGCAGCCGCCUCCACCUCUCUUCCCGGCGCCAAUGGCCGCGUCGUGAAGCGCAGCAGCAGCAGCAGCAGCGGAGACAGCGGCAGAAGCUUUGCCUAAGGUUGGGAUCCUCCCUAUUCGCGCGCGUCUUUGAUUUGGCGCGUAAAGUUGUAAUCCGUACUCCGGAUGGCCGGCUCAAUCGCCGCCUCGGCGUUCUUGCCGGGGUCGCCGGCGGCCGCGCCGCCCAAGAGCGUCCUGGGCGAGCGCCCGGACAGCCUGGACGUCCGCGGCAUCGCCGCGAAGCCGGGCUCCUCGUCGUCGGCCGCCGCCCUGAGGGCCGGCAAGACGCGCACCCACGCCGCCAUCCCCAAGGUGAACGGCGGCAGUUCGGCGCUGGCGGAUCCGGAGCACGACACGAUGUCCUCCUCCUCCUCCUCCGCGGCGCCGAGGACGUUCUACAACCAGCUCCCCGACUGGAGCAUGCUCCUCGCAGCCAUCACGACCAUCUUCUUGGCCGCGGAGAAGCAGUGGACGCUGCUGGACUGGAAGCCGAAGCGGCCCGACAUGCUCACCGACACGUUCGGUUUCGGCAGGAUGAUACAUGAGGGGCUCAUGUUCAGGCAGAACUUCUCGAUUAGGUCCUAUGAGAUCGGGGCCGAUAGGACGGCGUCUAUAGAAACGCUGAUGAACCAUUUGCAGGAAACCGCACUGAAUCAUGUGAAGAGCGCUGGGCUGCUAGGAGAUGGUUUUGGCUCAACGCCAGAGAUGAGUAAACGAGACUUGUUCUGGGUUGUCAGCCAAAUGCAGGCAAUCGUUGAGCGUUAUCCGUGCUGGGGUGAUACUGUCGAAGUAGAUACAUGGGUUGGUGCUCAUGGUAAAAAUGGAAUGCGCAGAGACUGGCAUAUACGUGAUUCUGUAACAGGCCAUACAAUAUUGAAGGCUACAAGUAAAUGGGUUAUGAUGCACAAGCUUACAAGGAGGCUAGCAAGAAUUCCUGAUGAAGUACGUACUGAAAUAGAGCCAUACUUUUUUGAGCAUGCUUCUAUUGUAGAUGAAGACAACCAGAAACUUCCAAAACUGCCAGAUAUUGAAGGUGCUAAUGUAGCCAAAUAUGUCCGGACAGGCCUGACUCCACGAUGGGCCGACCUUGAUAUCAAUCAGCAUGUUAAUAACGUUAAAUACAUAGGGUGGAUCCUAGAGAGCGCACCAAUCUCCAUUCUGGAGAAACAUGAGCUGGCAAGUAUUGUCCUGGAUUACAAGAGGGAGUGUGGCCGAGACAGCGUGCUGCAAUCACACACUACCGUGUACACUGACUGCAACAAGCACUCUGGACAAACCACUUUGCACUGUGAGCAUUUGCUGAGCCUGGAAUCAGGACCUACCAUCGUCAAGGCCAGGACCAUGUGGAGGCCAAAAGGAACCAGGCCCCAAGAGAGUAUCAUUCCGUCUUCGUCGUGAAGCGCGUAAAAUCUUUCAUGUGUUGAUUUUGGUAGCAACAACUUGGUUAAACCAAGGACAAGUGGACAACAACUUGUGUUCUCUAUGGAAAGGCAAAACCUGGAUGAACAUAACGACGGGGACGUAAGUUAUUUACAGACAAAAUGUAUGGAUUUGGAGGAGUUCAAAAGAGGGGGGGGGGGGGGGGGGCAAGAUGGAGGUAAAAUGCAGAAAAGACAGAAGGCGUAUUGUGCAUGAUUUGUUGUUUCAGCUUUUCCUUCUAUUUUUCCUUUCCUUAGCAAAGAUAUUCAAUUACACAGAUGGGUGUUGUAAGUAUUGAAAUUGUAGCUACUGCUGUACAAUGGGAAGUGAAAUGCUUCUCAUGCAUGUUUCUGUCUGGGCUAUGUCUAUAUUAUGAGCCCUCGAAAGCAGAUUGCCUGGUCCGAAUUGUUUGAAAUUUUAAGUUUAUAUAUUGUAUUGAUUGAUAUUUAUUUUGAUUUUUGUAAGUUUCUUCU